CUGUGUACGCCGUACGCAGUUUCUUAAACAUUAGACACUUGCAUCUAUAAUGUGCGCCUUCCGUUUUCAGCAGUAGAACCGGCGCAGAUGACAGCCAGCUGGGUUUCGGUUUGCAGGAAUUGGCUGGCUCGAAUCUGUAAACAUCGUCUUUGUUUACAUGCAGAUGUGCGUUUAGUGGCACUAUCUGCUUAGGUUAGAUACGAAUAUAGAGUUUUAUUCAAUGAGAGCAAAUUCUUUACGUUAAUAUAGGUUAUGUUGUUGCAUUUUGUGUAUAAUAUAAACAUAAAGUUAUAAACGACAAGUUUUAUGGGUUACUUAUAAGUCUAGCAAACCUAGCUGUACCCGUGCUGGGUUUCUACACAAUAAAAAGGAUACGCAGUAGAUAAGCGAUACCUCUUGCUUUCAAUAAUCAUGUUAAUUAUUUUUAAAAGGUAAUAUACACUGCUGUGUUCAGGUUUAUAUGGCGGUUAGACCAGCAGUAUGAAACUAAAUUCACACAUAUUCGAGUAUCAUUCAUCUCCAGUUAACUGGUGUGAACCAGAUUAUGCUGUUUCGCAACACACAGCCGAAUUUUGGAAUUCUGUGACUAAUAUUCCGAUGCUGAUUGUAGCACCUAUCAUGAUGCACUUGUACCGCGACUUUGCUUGCGUUGUACCUCACUGUAAACGAGUAAAUAUCGUAUGGGGACUUGUUGUUGUAAUUGGUAUUGGUUCAAUAUACUUUCACUCCACAUUAAGUUUGUUCGGUCAGUUUAUGGACGAGGUAGCGAUUUUAUGGAUGACGUAUGCCAUCAUGGCGAUGUGGACACAUCCAAGUCUGCUUCACUUACCGAAAUACUUCGAAAAUCACAGGGCGCAUUACCAGUAUCUUCUGUGCAGCAUGGCAGUCAUCAGUACUUUCCUAGGAUUUCUCAAACCGGAAUUAAAUCACUUCUUUCUUUUCGCGUAUUGGAUUCCGUUGGUUAAACUUUUAAGGGAAUUGUUUCAAAUAAAGUUUAAAGAUAGAAGAGUUCACCAGAUCGGAAAGAACGGAUCCGUGGUUCUUCUUGUUGCGUUUCUGUGUUGGUUGUCAGACAGAAUGAUUUGCAAUUUCUGGCUUGCCAUUCGUUUUCCAUACAUGCAUGCUAUAUGGCACAUCCUGAUGCUGACAUCUGGAUAUUACCUCAGUGUAUUCGUUUCAUUUGGCUACGCCUGGCGAACGCUUCUUGGUAUAACCCCUUCCCUAAAAUUCUGGCGUGCGUUUCCAUUUACUGAUGCUAUUGGAUUAUACUACGUCGGUUUCGACUGAAAGCAAAAUGUUGCAGACAACAAAAACGCUCGUGGUAAAACAGGAAUUUCUUCAUAAUUAAUACUAUAAUUGUGCUGCUUUUUUUUCUUCAAUUAGGCUCAUAUAAUUCAAGGGCAACAGCACUCAAGAUGCACAUUAUUGAAAUCAAUGUUUAACCAAAUAUAGAUUGAUGCACUAGAUCAGUUUUUAACGAAUAUUUUAGUAUAUAUUGUCUUACACGUCGAAACUUUACUGUGCUUUUAUCUGUAUAGUUGUUCCGCAUGUACCAAAGAUUUUCGUUUUGUUUUUUUUACUCAUGUUUUGUUCCGCACCUCACAGCAAAAUCAGGUCGUUUGCCUACAUAUGCACAAGAUGCAAUUGGCGUAUAUUGUUUCGAACUCACUGUAUCCGUUUUAAGCAAUAAAGUCCUCGCCUUUGCUUUCUAAACUUACCCAGAGCCGAAUGUAGCCAAAAGAACUUCGAGGCCCAACAUUUGGUUCGGAGUUCCAACGUAAACAAGUUGAUUGGUGAAGAAGAGAUGGCUGUUUACAUUCAAAGCACCCCGACGUUAUGACUCGUCAGCAACAGAAAACAAUUCAUCACAGCAUAGGACAUAUAGCAGACAGUGUGUAAGUAAAGGAACGUUCGCGGUAAGAUGGUUGGGCAUAUUACCAAUUACGACCGCUAUUGACUAUCCGCCAUCGGAUGCUCAUACAUUAUGCAGCUACAAGGUCGAUGAUAUA